CAUUUAAUUCUUUUGAUAGAUUGCAAUAUGAAAACCUUUUUGAUAUUAUAUUUGAAAUGCAAGAAGUUAUAGAUAAAGAAUUGCAUCUUUAUCUUUUUGAAAUUCUUGGUUUAUUUUGUGAAGAAAAAUUAAUCAUAACUAAUAUCAUCAAUUCUCUUAUAUAUAAUAUAG